AGAUCUUCUUGAGAUCUUAUAUGGUCUCCUACAUGGAAUUAAUACCUGAAAACUUGCGAAAGAUGAAAGAAGCAGAGCAAAGAAUGAUAGGCUACGACGAUGGAGGCAGCACCAGGCUCCAUCGAUGAAGAAGCUUGGAAAGGGCCGAAAGGCUCAGAAGGUUGGGACCAAGGAGGAGAGGAUUGAGGGGAAGAUUUCAAAGCUCAAAUCCAAGACUGAGAAGGCUGCAGAGCUGAGGCGAUCGAAGAGGGCGGAACUUGCAAAGCUAGCCUUCGAGAGGUACAAUAGAGACUCAAAUUAUUGGUUAUUGCACGAUCGUAUCUCGGAUUUGUUUUCAGCAAUGUUGGCAUCCGAUGCUGAGCAGUUGAAAUUAGGGAAUCUAACAAAAUGGUGCCCUUCUCUUGAUUCAUCCUUUGACAGAUCAACUCUGUUAUGUGAGAGCAUUGCUCGUCGAAUGUGGCCUAAGUAUUCAGUUGAUGAGUAUAAGGAGACUGAAGAAGAACACUAUGCUUAUCGGGUUCGUGAUCGAUUAAGAAAGGAGAUUAUUGUUCCAAUCCGCAAAGUUAUUGAGCUACCGGAAGUUUACAUGAGUGCUGGAAAAUGGGACCAGCUUCCAUACAAUCGGGUUGCCUCCGUUGCAAUGAAAGCCUACACAAAAAUCUUUAAGAAACAUGAUGAAACUAGGUUCUCAGACUUAUCCAGAGUUAAAGAAGGGAAGGAGAAGAUUGCAGCUGGGGCGUUGCUCCCUCACGAGAUUCUUGCUUCAGCUAAAGAUGAAGAGGCUGGUGAUGUAGCAGAGCUCCAAUUGAACGGAAUGGAUUUGCUUCAAAAGGGCAAGUUGAAGAACUGCAUUGCAGUCUAUGAUGUCUCUGGAAGCAUGUACAGGACUCCAGUGAAAGUCUGUGUCGCUCUUGGGCUGUUGAUAUCAGAGCUCAGUGAAGAGCCUUGGAAAGGGAGAGUGAUCACUUUCAGUGCAAACCCUGAGCUUCAUAGAAUCGAAGGGGAGAAGCUUAUGGAUAAGAUCUUGUUUGUGAAGAGAAUGGAUUGGGGAGGUAACACUGAUUUCCAAAAGGUGGUCGAUAGGUUGCUUGAUGUUGCAAAGAGUGGGAAACUUAAGGAGGAUCAGAUGGUGAAGAGGGUGUUUGUGUUUAGUGAUAUGGAGUUUGAUCAGGCUUCACCAAAUUCUUGGGAGACUGAUUAUGAGGUGAUAUGUAGGAAGUUUAGGGAUAACGGGCACAGGUCUUGCAUACCAGAGAUUGUGUUUUUGAAUCUGAGGGAUUCGAGGUCGAUGCCUGUGCCUUCUAUAGAAGGGGUUGCAUUGGUGAGUGGGUUCUCGAAGAAUUUGUUGAAGAUUUUCUUGGAAGGGGAUGGAGAGAUUGAUCCGGUGAUUGUUAUGGAGGAUGCUAUUUCUGGCAAGGAGUAUCAGAAGCUUAUGGUGUUCGACUGAGAGGAGAUUAAUACAGUAAAUAUGACUCAAACCUUCUCUUUCGUGAAAUGAGAAUGCCAAUCUUUCUAAUUGAGCAAUAUGUUGAAUUUUAUUUAGUUUUGUUGUCAGUGAUUCCAAUGAUAUUGGAUUAUUGGUGCAUUUCCUUUUUCUUGAUUAA